UGGUCGUAUUAAUCGAAUAAUUUGUUUGUUUGGCCUUAAAUAAUUUAGUUCGGGCUCGACAAUCGGAUUAAAUACAACUUCCUUCUUUUGACGUUCCGGUCGCGGAUAGCAGAAACCAUGGGCGCGUACAAGUACAUGCAGGAGAUCUACAGGAAAAAGCAGAGUGAUAUUUUGAGGUUUCUGCUACGUGUUCGCAGCUGGCAAUAUCGCCAAUUGUCAUCUUGCCACCGUGCACCUCGCCCAACUCGCCCCGACAAGGCUAGAAAGUUGGGAUACAAAGCCAAACAAGGGUUUGUCAUCUACCGUGUCCGUGUUCGCCGUGGUGGCAGGAAGGUCCCUGUGCCCAAAGGAAUCACCUAUGGUAAACCCACAACUAGUGGUGUGAACCAAAAGAAAUUCCAAAGAUCACACAGAUCCAUUGCAGAGGAACGUGUUGGCAAGAAAUGUGGUGGCCUUCGUGUGCUGAACUCCUACUGGGUAGCACAGGAUUCCUCCUACAAGUUCUACGAGAUCAUUAUGGUUGAUAUUUUCCACAAGGCUGUACGUCGUGACCCCAAGCUUCAAUGGAUCUGUAACCCAGUACACAAGCACAGGGAGCUGCGUGGUCUCACCUCUGCUGGCAAGAUGUCUCGCGGUCUGGGCAAGGGACACAGAUAUACCAAGACAAUCGGAGGCUCGCGUCGUGCUGCAUGGAAGAGGAACAAUUUGACCAAAAUGCGCAGAAAGCGUUAAUUUUUUUCAGUUCUUUUUUCCUUUUCCAUUUUUUCCUUCUCCAAGUUUCUUGGAGGAAGCAAAUCUCUGUGUGAGUUUUAUUGUCUGCGGACUACGGAAUAAACAUGGGGAAUCAAAAA